AUGAUAUCUUUAACCUUAUCCUGCAUUCACGGCGUACCCUUUCAAUUACAAAAUGCUUUUAAGUUCACUGCAUAUCAAGCUGGUCUCACUAAACAUUUGCUUCUGACUGAUAAUAAUGGAGUUCCUGCUUCGUUUAGUUAUACCGAGAAAGGCUCAAGAAAUCGAGAGAAACCGAGUAUUGUAUUUGUUCAUGGACUUUCGUCAAAUAAAGAAACAUGGAUACCGAUUGUCAAAAAUAUUCCAUCAGAUUAUCAUUGUAUCACUGUUGAUUUACCGGGUCACGGAGAAACCGUGGGUUUCAAUGAAGACAGAUAUUCGAUUGAUACAUUUGUGGAGAAACUCAAAUUGUUCUUUGAUUUGAUGGAUUUGACCGAACCACUUUGUAUCAUCGGUGCAUCAAUGGGCGGUGCGAUUGUAUGCAUGUUUGCUAUUAAAUAUCCGGAAUACGUAAGCAUGAUUUGCUUGCUAGCACCAAUAGCAAAUGAGGCAUCUGAAACUGAUUUGAUCCGACAAUUACGCAAUGGUGAAUAUAAUGCUCUUUUGCCGGAGACACCAGGAGAACUUCGUCAAAUGAUCAAUACAUUGACAGUUAGAACACCGAAGUUGCCGAAGCCAUUUCUCAAUGGAUUUCUGCACUUGCGAUUGCGUUUGUUGGAUGAGCAUAAGAAAAUACUUACUUCACUUAUCGGAUAUGACUAUUCACAUAUCGAGCAACAUUAUCAACAGUUACGACAGCUUAAUCGUCCAGCGUUAAUCUUGUGGGGUCGUCAAGAUAAAGUGUAUGCUGCCAGUGGCGCUGAAUUUUUUUGUAACUUACUACCAAAUACGGAAUGCAUUAUUUUCGAUGAGUGUGGCCACUUCAUGGCAAUCGAUAAACCGGAAGAGACAGCUAGAAGUAUCUUAGCAUUUUUCGAUAGUUAUGCCAAUUAUCAGUUAUUAGCUACAGAAUUAGUGGGUGAACGAGCAACACAAGUGACAUUGAAUAGAUUAAAGUCGCUCAAAAACUUUAAAAUGUUAACAUUAACUGUUUAUUUAACUAGUCAAGCAAAACAAACCACACUAAACAAUGUAAAUCAGUUUUUUGUCAUUUUAAAUAUGGUAUACAUCAAUGAAGUUAUUUGUUAUGAUUCAGAUUUGCCUGAAACAGUCAUUAGUGAAAAUCAAGAAUGGGUUAAUGCAUAUUAUUAA